UGAUGGAAUAAACAACACAUUCCUUUGGAUGAAUUUAUACAGCAUGUGAACUGCCAAUUAUUCUUUGUGCAGGAAUAAGAAAAAUCCUUCACUUUCAUUUAUUAGGUAUCAGCUUGAUAACAAAAAACUUUUGAAUGGCUCAUGGUCACAGCAGACCAUUAAUUGAAUGGGAUCAGCACUUCUCCUACUAAAUUAUCUGAAGUCAAGGAUUUGGAAGAGAUUUUUGCAGCAAUGACCCAUUUACAAGCUGGACUUAGUCCAGAGACUAUAGAGAAAGCCCGCCUGGAACUGAAUGAAAACCCAGACAUUUUGCACCAGGAUAUCCAGCAAGUCAGGGACAUGAUCAUCACAAGGCCUGACAUUGGGUUUUUACGUACAGAUGAUGCCUUCAUCUUGAGAUUUCUCCGAGCCAGGAAGUUUCACCAAAUGGAGGCCUUCAGACUGCUGGCUCAGUACUUCCAGUACCGCCAAUUAAAUUUGGAUAUGUUCAAAAAUUUCAAGGCUGAUGAUCCAGGAAUCAAACGGGCUCUGACUGAUGGGUUCCCAGGAGUACUGGAAAAUCGUGACCACUGUGGCAGGAAGAUUCUUCUGCUUUUUGCAGCCAACUGGGAUCAGAGUAGGAACUCCUUCAUAGAUAUCCUUCGGGCUAUCCUACUGUCCUUGGAAGUGCUCAUCGAAGAUCAGGAGCUUCAGAUAAAUGGCUUCAUUCUAAUUAUAGACUGGAGCAACUUCUCCUUCAAGCAAGCCUCCAAGCUUACACCAUCUAUCCUCAAAUUGGCCAUUGAAGGUUUGCAGGACAGCUUUCCUGCCCGCUUUGGAGGAGUCCAUUUUGUCAACCAGCCCUGGUAUAUCCAUGCCCUGUACACGCUAAUCAAACCAUUCCUCAAAGACAAGACAAGGAAAAGGAUCUUUCUUCAUGGCAACAACCUGAACAGCCUUCACCAGCUAAUACACCCAGAAUGCCUGCCCUCUGAGUUCGGGGGGACUCUUCCCCCAUACGACAUGGGGACAUGGGCUCGAACGUUGCUCGGUCCUGACUACAGUGAUGAGAAUGAGUACACUCACACCUCAUACAACGCCAUGCACGUGAAGCACGCAUCCUCCAGCCUGGAGCAGGAGGACUCUCCCAAGCCCAUGAAAAGGUCCCAGUCGGUGGUGGAAGCCGGCACGCUGAAGCACGAGGACCUGGGGGAAAGCGAGAACACCCAGCCACUGCUGGCCCUGGACUAAGCCCCACAUGCUGACCGCAGACAUCCAGACCCCACCCACCCAGAAACCACCGAGCACACGAUACGCAUUCACACGCGUUUCGCUUGAGAACAAGUCCUUCAUCUUUCUUCAGCGAGUAACAAGAGCCACCAGCCAUCUGCCCAUGCAGCCAACGCUGAACAGCCUUUCUAUUGACACAGGGUGCGAAGGAAGACGCAGUGGGGGUCUGUCCAUAUGUAAAGAAUUUCAUCUUCUUUCCUUUUUGGACUUCUGGCAUUAAAAAAUUGGAAAUGAUGGGACUGCCCUCUCCUUUUAAAGAAACCAGUGUGUGUCAGUAGAAGUUUUCCUGAAGCCUCCAGUAGGGACGCUCAAUUUUAUAGAAGCUAAGGUUAAAUGUGUAUUAAAGCAAAGCAUCUUUAAAGUCUGCACUGUUCAGCGUGGCUCAUAGGGCAAAAACAGCAUUAUCUACAGUGUGUUUGAGAUCUGCGGAAGGAUUUUGUAUUAAAAAAGUAAAAAUCAGUGCCAGCAUAAUGCCAUACAACGUGACACUUUGCGAUUGCCUCAUCCAUAUUGCUUUUAGGGGGGGUCACUUAUUUCAGUAUCUAGCAAAAAGGAUCCUUAACUUUUGAAACCCUUACAAAACUGUCAGCUAAGUGAAAUGAGCUGCGUGGGCAGCAGAUAUAG